AGUUUGGACUUAGGUGUGGAUUUGAUCCAAGAUUUCCUCGCUGGCCGACAGAACUCAUGAAAGCCUCUUCAGAGCGACGGGUUUAUGGACUCGCGUAUUAGCUAAUGAUGUCUAUGGGUUUCAUGCCUGACAGUCUGAAUGGCUCAGAUCCCUCCAAAUCGGCCUUCCUAGAAUUUGGCCACGGACACCCGGCACACCAGCAGCCCUCCCCGGGACUCUCCCACAUCUACCCCGUGCAUGGCUUGCAUGCUGCCGGGCAUUCCCAGCACGAAAGCACCUUUCCUGGCAGCGCGUCCUAUGGCCGCUCUCUGGGCUACGCCUACCCCGGCGCGGUGAACACUCACCCCCCGUCUGCUUACAUGUCCUACCAGCACAGCAGCAGCCUGGCCCACAGCCGAUUAGAGCACACAGAUCGCGAGAAGUCCACGGGGAUUGAGAGCAGGGAUAUUCGUCUAAAUGGCAAGGGGAAGAAAAUCCGGAAGCCUCGAACCAUCUACUCCAGUCUACAGCUGCAGGCUCUGCACCAGCGCUUCCAGCAGACCCAGUACCUGGCCUUACCGGAGCGCGCCGACCUGGCGGCCAAACUGGGACUCACCCAGACUCAGGUGAAAAUAUGGUUUCAGAAUAAACGCUCCAAGUAUAAGAAGAUCAUGAAGCAUGGCAGCGGAUCAGAGGGAGAACAUCUCCACAGCACGAGCUCCAUCUCCCCCUGCUCCCCCGGGAUGCCCCAGCUUUGGGAGGUCUCCAUGGCGAACAAAGGAGCCCAAAUGCACCCAAACAAUUACAUGAACAGUUUUGGUCACUGGUAUCCAAACCACCACCACCCUCACCAGGACGCGAUGCCCAGGCCUCAGAUGAUGUGAGUGGAUUGUUUUUUGGUGGCGCUGGGCCUGUACUGAACUGGCUGUGGAGGCCUCCUCCUCCUCUCAGAACUGAACUAAACGUGUGUUUAAUAGAUCUUGUUCAUAUUCUUUUUAUUUUGUGUGUAUUUUCAAUUCGACCGGCAUCAAAUAUAUAUUUUUUAGAUUUGUUAUGCUGCAACAUCUCGCCUCAGCUCACUGACAUGUGGACUCUGUGUGUGCAGAUAAAAUCAUUUUAAAGAAAAUACUGUGUGCAUCCACUUUAUUUCAGCUGCAACAAAUGCUGCGCAUUGUGCAA